AUGUCUCUUCCAUCACCCACAGAAUUAAGUGAGCUCAUUUUCUUUGUGAAUGGAAGGAAGAUAAUAGAGAAGAAUGCUGACCCAGAAAUUUCGCUGUUGUUUUAUCUGAGAAAAAAACAUAUCCUUUUAAGUGUUUGUCUCACAGGAACUAAGUAUGGCUGUGGAGUAGGUGGUUGUGGAGCCUGUACUGUGAUGUUAUCAAGAUAUGAACCAGUUUCCAAGAAGAUACAACAUUAUUCUGCCAAUGCUUGCUUGAUUCCCAUAUGCUCACUAUAUGGGGCUGCCAUCACAACGGUGGAAGGCAUUGGAAGUACGAAAAGCAGGAUUCAUCCAGUUCAGGAAAGGAUUGCCAAAAGUCAUGGCUCCCAAUGUGGUUUCUGCACCCCUGGAAUGGUGAUGUCAAUUUACACUCUGCUGAGAAACCACCCAGAACCUUCUACAGAGCAGAUUAUUGCAGCUCUGGCUGGUAAUUUGUGCCGCUGUACUGGAUACAGACCAAUAAUAGAAAGCUGCAAGACUUUCUGCAAGGAAUCAGUUUGUUGCCAAGUGAGCAGCAACAAAGGGAACAAUUGCUUGGAUGAAGAAAAGGUGACCUCAUUUCCUGAGGAGGAAAAUGAGGUAAAACUGUCUACCACAGAUGACUUGUGGCUCCUGGAUGCAACUCAGGAUCUUAUAUUUCCACCUGAAUUAAUAAGAAUGGCUGAAGAUCUGCAAAAAUCUACUCUGGUUUUCCGUGGUGAGAGAAUUACAUGGAUUUCCCCUAUUAGUUUAAUGGAACUUCUGGAACUGAAAGACAAGUAUCCCAAAGCACCUCUAGCAGUAGGGAAUACUGGUGUAGGACUUGACAUGAAACUUAAAGGGACUUUUCAUCCAGUUAUCAUUUCUCCUACAAGAGUAUUAGAGUUAAGCAUUAUGAGUUACAAGAAAGAUGGACUGACAGUAGGAGCUACCUGCAGCCUGGCUGUAGUGAAAGACAUCUUGACCAAUGCAGUCUUGGAACUCCCUAGGGAGAAGACAAAAAUCUUUUGUGCUCUCUUGCAGCAGUUAAAAUCUCUGGGAGGACCACAAAUCAGAAACAUUGCAUCCUUUGGAGGAAAUAUUACAAUAAAGCAUCCAGCCUCUGACCUGAAUCCCAUUUUAGCAGCAUCCAAUUGCAUCCUCAACCUGGCAUCUAAAGAAGGAACACGUCAGAUACCUUUAAAUGAUUCUUUUUUUUCUGGAUUGGGAAAUGAUGCCCUUAAGCCGGAGGAGAUCUUAGUCUCUGUUCACAUACCUCACUCAAGGAAGUGGGAAUUUAUAUCAGCAUUUCGGCAAGCCCAGCGUCAUGAAAAUGCUCUGUGCAUCGUUAAUGCUGGAAUGAAAGUUCUUUUUGAAGAAGGCACAGACAUCAUUAGGAACGUCAGCAUUUUCUAUGGUGGAGUUGGUUCAACCACAACUUGUGCAAAGAAGUCUUGUGAGGAUCUGAUAGGAAGACAAUGGACUGAACAAAUGCUGCAUACAGCUUGCAAAAUAGUUCUUGAGGAAGUUCUGCUCCCAGGCUCAGCACCUGGAGGUAUGGUAGAGUACAAACGAACCCUAAUGAUUAGUUUCUUCUUCAAAUUUUACCUGAAAGUUCUACAAGAAUUAAAGUUGGUGGAUAACCAUAGAUACUAUGACAUACCAAAAAAAGAUAUGAGUGCCCUUGAAAUUUUUCAAAUCAAGACACCUCAAAGUUUACAGCUAUUUCAGGUUGUAGUGCCAGAGAACCUUCCUCAAUAUCCUGUAGGCGAUUCUAUCAUGCAUGAGUCUGCAGUUAAGCAUGCCACUGGUGAAGCUGUUUACUGUGAUGACAUUUGUCCAAUGGAUGAAGAACUGUUCUUGGCUGUAGUUACCAGUACUAGAGCUCAUGCAAAGAUUAUAUCAAUUGAUGUACUACAAGCUCUCAAAUUACCAGGAGUGCUAGAUGCAAUAACAGCUCAAGAUAUUCCAGGGAAAAAUAAAUUCUUAUCUGCUACUGGGACAGAGAUGAUUUUUGCUGAAGAUAAGGUGAUUUGUGUGGGUCAGAUUGUCUGUGCUGUGGUUGCAGAUUCAGAGGUUCAUGCUAAACAAGCAGCUGCAAAAGUGAAUAUUGAAUAUGAAGCUCUGGAACCAGUGAUCCUGACAAUUGAGGAAGCUGUAAAGCACAGUUCAUUCUUUGAGCCAGAAAGGAAGUUUGAACAAGGAAACACUGAAGAAGCAUUUGAAACAGCUGAUCACAUCCUUGAAGGAGAGCUCCACAUUGGUGGACAAGAACAUUUUUAUAUGGAAACUCAUAGUGUACUUGUUGUACCAAAAGGAGAGAAUAAAGAAAUGGAUGUGUAUGUAUCAACACAGGAUCUAACAUUUGCUCAGCAACUGGUGGCCUCAGUAUUAAAUGCUCCAUUCAGUGUGAUCAAGUGCCAUGUAAAACGAAUUGGUGGUGGUUUUGGAGGAAAGACUGUAAAACCGGCUCAGUUUGCAGCUAUUACAGCACUUGCAGCAGACAGAACUGGCCGUGCAGUUCGGUGCAUUCUGGAUCGCAGUGAUGAUAUGUUAAUAACAGGGGGCCGCCAUCCUUAUCUAGGAAAAUAUAAGGUAGGAUUCAUGAAUGAUGGUAGAAUCAUGGCUGUGGAUAUCAGAUAUUACAGCAAUGGAGGGUGCACAGAAGAUAAAUCUAUUUUGGUAUUGCAAGUAAGUAUGUUAGGAUUAUUCAAUGCUUACAAGAUUCCCAAUCUUCGAUGCUGUGGACGAGUUUGCAAAACAAAUUUGCCAUCAAACACAUCUUUCCGAGGCUUUGGAUUCCCCCAAGCAGCACUGAUUACAGAAUCCUGGAUAACAGAUGUGGCAGCUAAAUCUGGUUUAUCUCCAGAGAAGGUUAGGGAGGUUAAUCUAUAUAAAGAAGCUUAUCAAAAGCACUUGAAAAUGGAUAUUGAUCCAGAUAACUUGAUAAGAUGUUGGAAUGAAUGUAUGGAGAAGUCUUCAUACUACAAGAGGAAAAUGACAAUAGAAGAAUUUAACAAACAGAACUAUUGGAAGAAAAAAGGAAUUGCUAUUAUUCCCUUGAAAGUCCCCGUUGGCUUUUCCGACCAGUAUCUCAAUCAGGGUGCAGCUCUAGUCCAUAUAUAUUUGGAUGGAUCUGUGUUGGUAACUCAUGGAGGAAUUGAAAUGGGACAAGGCAUUAGCACCAAAAUAAUACAGAUUGCCAGUCAUGAAUUAAAGAUACCACUCUCUUACAUCCAUGUUUAUGAAACUAGCACAACAAUGGUACCUAAUGCUAAUGUCUCAUCAGCCUCUAUUGGAACUGAUGUCUAUGGGAUGGCAGUGAAGGAUGCUUGUCAAACUCUUCUGAAACGCCUUGAACCAGUUAUGAGUAAAAGCCCUAAAGACUCCUGGGAAAACUGGAUUAAAGCAGCUUUCAAGCAAAGUGUUAGUCUUUCAGCUACUGGGUACUUCAGAGGCUAUGAUGUUCAUAUGGACUGGAACACUUGGGAAGGCCAUCCAUGCGCAUACUUUGUUUAUGCAGCUGCUUGUUCUGAAGUUGAAAUUGACUGUUUAACAGGAGACCAUCAGAACAUCAGAACAGACAUCAUUGUGGAUAUUGGCUGUAGUAUAAAUCCAGCUAUGGAUAUAGGGCAGAUUGAAGGUGCAUUUAUUCAAGGCCUUGGACUUUUUACAAUGGAAGAACUGAAAUAUUCUCCAGAGGGUGUCCUGUAUACUAGGGGCCCAGAUCAUUAUAAGAUUCCUGCAGUCUGUGAUAUCCCAAAAGAAUUCAAUGUCUCCUUGCUGUCUCCAUCCCAAACUUCAAAUACACUCUAUUCUUCUAAGGGAGUAGGUGAGGCUGGGCUGUUCUUAGGAUGCUCUGUGUUUUUUGCUAUAAAAGAUGCCAUUGCUGCAGCACGAAAGGAAAGAGGAUUAACUGGGACAUUUCUGUUGAAUAGCCCAUCAACUCCUGAGCACAUUCGAAUGGCAUGCAUUGAUCAGUUUACUAAGAUGAUUCCAAGAGAUGACCCUGGAUCCUAUGUCCCUUGGGCUAUAUCUCCAUCUCAGUAAAAAAAAUUACACUAAAUAGAAGCUGAUAAUUCUGAGAGAGAGCAUUUUUCACUGAAAGAAAUUCCAGAUGUGAGCAAUCAACAAAAUACUGAAAUUAAAAUCCAUACAGAGCUGUUCUUCGGUUUUAAACACAUUUUCUAUUUAGCCAUUGCUAAUUCAUCUUAACAAACACCAAAGAUCAAGGUAGUAACUAGAUUCCUUACACUAAAAUCAUCUGUGAGCCCAGACAGCACAUUUUAAAUUAAGAGCUAGUGAGCUGAAACAGUAACCAUAAAUAUUUACCUUACACUAUUAUGAUGCAAUUAAAACUAAUGAAUUCACAUUAAUUAACUCAUUAUAGAAACUGCAUGCAUGUCUUUCAGCACAUUUCUUACUUGUUCUGGUCUAAAUCAGUUGAAUAGUUCACAAUUUAAAGCAUGAUAUAUAAAAAUAUAAAUGGUGAGAGCUGGGACAAACAACUUGCAGCCUGAGUUGGAGAUGAUAAAUUGUUCGUGAGAUAUGGUAAUCA